GUGAGAAUGAAGGCGCAGAACAUUCGGACCCUUUCUCUCAUCCUGUGUAUGCUAUCCUACCUGCUUGUGGGAGCCGCGGUGUUCGACGCCCUAGAAUCAGAUACCGAGAACUCGAGGAAGAAGAUCCUGGAACAGAAACGCAAUGAGCUGAAGAAGAAGUACGGAUUUACCGAUGACGACUACCGGGAGAUCGAGAGAGUGGUUCUUCAGUCGGAGCCCCAUCGCGCGGGGAGACAGUGGAAAUUCGCGGGAUCCUUUUACUUUGCUAUCACCGUCCUCACAACGAUAGGUUAUGGUCACGCUGCUCCAAGCACUGAUGCUGGAAAGGUAUUCUGCAUGUUCUAUGCAGUUCUGGGUAUCCCUCUGACACUGGUCAUGUUCCAGAGCAUGGGGGAAAGGAUCAACACGUUUGUCCGCUACCUCCUCUGCAGGCUCAAGCGAUGCAUGGGCUUACGGAAAACUGAUGUGUCCAUGGGGAACAUGGUGCUGGUGGGCCUCCUGUCCUGCAUGAGCACCCUCUGUGUCGGGGCAGCAGCCUUCUCCCACUUUGAGGGCUGGACUUUCUUCAAUGCCUACUACUACUGUUUCAUCACGCUCACCACCAUCGGCUUCGGGGACUUUGUGGCCCUGCAGAAGAAGGAGGCCCUCCAGAGGAGGACUCCCUAUGUGGCCUUUAGCUUCAUGUACAUCCUGGUGGGGCUGGCAGUGAUCGGGGCUUUCCUGAACCUGGUGGUGCUACGCUUCCUCACCUACAGCACAGAGGAGGCAACCAGGAGCCUGGAGGUGGAGUGGGAGGAGCAAAAGCCAGCAGCGCCUAAGACGACAGGGGGUGGGGAGGUGGAGGCAGAUGUGGAAGCAUCAGUGUGGGACAGAGCUGAUGGGAUAGAACGGUUUGGAGCUGAGGAUGGUAACAGUAGCCGCUGUAACCUCUCCCUGCCCAUGGAGGGAGGCACCAGUCGUACAAAUCUCAUCCCCUCUCCAUCUGAGGAGCGUAGAGAGACCCCUGGGGUCAGGGACUCUGCUAAGCAUCCUGAGUCCCCCAUCAGCGCCCUCUGCUCCUGUAUGUGCUUCAGGUUGGUUGCCUGUGACAGCCCCUCUCCGGCCCACUGUGAGCACUCAGGCUGCCACAGCAACCCUGUCUUCUACAACUCCAUCUCCUACAGGGUGGAUGGAGCCUCCUGCAGCUCCAGGGGCACCUCAACCCAGUCCUUCCCCAGCAGCGAUGCCCUUUUUCUGGGGAUGAGCAGCCCUUACACACGGAGGAAGUCAAUAUAGCUGCUUGGAUUGUUGGGACUCACGCUGAACUAAAGUGGUCUUUGUUCUUAUCUACACUACAGCCAGAGAUGUUACUCUGAUUCUCUGCAGGUGGAACAAAUUGUGUAUGCUUUACCAAAAAGGUCACCUUUACAUAUUUUAGGUUGUGCUUCUACACUAUAUAUACAAAGUAUGUGGACAUCCCUUCAAAUAAGUGGAUUCAACUAUUUCAACAAUACCUGUUGCUGACAGGUGUAUAAAAUCGAGCACACACCCAUGCAUUCUCCAUAGACAAACACUGGCAGUAGAAUGGCCUUACUGAAGAGCUCAGUGCCUUGAACAUGGCACCGUA